GCGAGCGCGCUCCCUUCGCCUGAACCGAAACGAGCUCGUCGGCGGUCUUCCAGGUGCGAAACUUCCUGAUUCCGCUAUCUCGCCCCGUCCGCUCGGUGGCGUUGCCAUGAACAAAGGCUUCGCCCGGAAGAGCCACGCGUUCCUGCCAAAGAUUUUUAGGAAAAUGUCUUCCCAGCCCAAAGAGCGUCCUGAGAGCUUGCAGUUCCCCUUUCUGGAUGAUGAUGAAACAAUUACCACCAUUCGGGAAUCAAAAACUUUUUUUGUUCUCCGGGGUCUACCAGGCAGUGGGAAAUCUACCUUGGCGCAGGCCAUCCAAGACAAGUACAAGGAUGCUUGCAAAGUCAUUUCUGUUGACCACUACAAAAUCCAGCCUGCUGUCAGGAGUGCCAUUCCUGAUGAUUACAGCAAGGUCGAUGAGGAUCUAGCUGACUAUUGCAAGCGUGACAUCAGUGUGGUGGUGGUAGAUGACACCCACCAUGAACGGGAGCGGCUAGAGCAGCUUUUUGACAUUGCAGACAAGUAUCGCUACAAAGUCAUCAUUGUGGAGCCCAAAACAUCAUGGAAAAUGGAUUGCUUGCAGCUCAAAGAUAAGAACCAGUGGAAACUUUCUGCGGAUGAGCUAAAGAAAUUGAAGCCCAGUUUAGAAAAGGACUUCCUUCCCUCUUAUUAUGGAUGGUUUUUAAGCAAAAGGAGCUCAGAGAACUUGCGGAAGACCGGGCAGGCAUUUUUGGAUGAGCUUGCUAGUAUUAAAGCCUUCAAAAAGGAGUCAAAUAAAUACUUUGGACAGCCCCCUGAAGAACCCAAAAUGAAGAUUGAUCUGACCAGCUACUUUGUGAAAAGGCCCCCAGGGGUCUUGCACUGCACAACUAAAUUCACUGACUUUGGGAAGGCUCCAGGAGCAGAUGAUUAUGCACAGCAAGAGAUUGUGAAGACCUCUUAUGGAAAAUCUUUCUUCCUGACCGUAUCUGCUCUCUUCAUCACCCCAAGAACUGCUGGUGCCCGUGUGGAAAUGAGCGAGCAGCAAAUGCUUCUGUGGCCUGGGGACGUGGAUGUGCUGCAGCCAGCGGUCAACCUCCCAAAAGGCAGCCGAGCCCACAUCACCCUGGGCUGUGCCAGUGGGGUAGAAGCUGUCCAAACUGGCCUCGACCUCCUUGAAUUUGCAAAACUAGAAAAGGCAGGGAACAAAGGCGAGGAGGUUGGGGAGAUUGGCGGUGGGAAACUUUUGUCCUUUGGGAAUGGCAUGUGGAUGCUUUUGCUUUCAAAAAAGAUUGAGGUGAGGGCUGUCUUUGGUGGCUAUUAUGGAAAGGGAAAACUGGUGCCAACUCAAGGAGGUAGCAAACGGGGAUCGCCCUUUAAUUCCUGUAUCAUCAUCUAAGGGCUCUUAUGGCCUCCGCAGGCUUGUUUUCAUAUGAUAUAAUGUGUAACCUUUUAUAAGAUCUUCCCCAUCACAACACACACAGUAGCAUCCUACAACUAAAGCCACAUCUUAAUUCUAGUGAUGUCCUUUUUUAGAGGAGUAUUUCUUGACCUUCAGAGGCCUGAAUUCCUCUAAUGGAAAACAUUAGCACUCUUUUAUAUCUUUAAAAUUAAUACAACUGAAUACUUGGAUGUUCCAGCCUUUUGAGACUUCCUUUUUUUUUUUUUAAUAUAGAGAAAUAGCCUUUCCAAGUUUGCCAGAACUGGGGCUGUUACUGUGCUGUAAAUCUACUUGACCCCUUACAGCUACAUUAGGGUUACAGCACGAGGGGGAAGCUGAUGGAUUGUCCACUGCAGAGCAUGGGGAAAGCAUGAGGGGUGAAUAGAAUCACCUUUUCCCAGUGAUCCCUCACAUAAAAACUCCCUGACAGGAGGAAACUAAUACUGUAGGUAACCAUAAAGGUAGAACUUUAUAGCUUUCUAUUUUCAGCAAGGGUAUGGGGCGAAGGGAAGUAUUUAGAAGUUCAUGACCCUCCUUUUACAUCCUCACACAAUCCUAACCUUUCAUUUGAUUCCAGAUUCAGGCUAGACUUAGAAAGUUUGGAUCAGUCACACCUCUGCCCAUAUUCUGAAAACAUCUUAGCGAAGUGAGUGGACAUUACAAAGCAUUAGGCUUACAACGCCCAGAUUCACUUCCCAAGUUAGCCACAGAGUAAGUAGGUGGCUUCAAGGACUCUCUCCUCAGCUGAGAUUCAAAAUCAAGAGCUGCCAUCUCUGUUCAGCUAAUCUUUUGAGCUUGAUAUAAAGAGGAGAGAGAUGUUACCUUCCUGGUCUGCAGUUGAAUCUUCAACAAGAUGAUGUACUUCUAAAAUGAAGCAUAAUGCCUCCCUGUUUUGGUUGGACAUGGCAAGGUCUUGCUAAUAUUUCUUCUAUGCAAGCAAGUAGCAAGUACCUUUUCCUAUUUUUUUUUAAAUGGGAGAUAUAAAGCCCCCCCCCCAUUUUCUGAGCUUUUGAAACAGAUGCCAAGCAUCAAUAGGCUUCAUCCCAAACCUUUAAUGAAAAGUAGAUCUUGUUAACAUGCAACUGAGACUUAGCUUUUCACAAUGUUUUAGUCCUGUGCCAAUCUGUGCCAUUGCUAUUGCGUGGGUUAGAUGUCACUGAAAAGUGGCACUGUGGCUUGCAGCCCCUCCAACACUUCCUCUUGUAAAAACUUACAGGGGAUUUAUGAUCUUGCUUAUUAGUUAUCAUAGUUCUGAAGCACAGGCUUCUACUAACAGGGAUUUAAAACUAGGGAGUAGGAAUCUGCCUUAAAACAGUCACUUGGCAUGCUGUCCUUUAUUGUCUAAAAUGAUGGCAGUAGAUUUUCAGUAGAGAUCUUUUAUUUGUUGUCUGAUAGUUUAAGAUGCCAAGAAACUGAAUUUCAACCAUUGCCCAUGAAAAUCAUGUAGUAAGACUGCCCUGUCUCUUCAGUACAGGGUUUUUUUUUUGACAAGGAUAUUUGAAUUGGUGGAUUAUCCAGCAGCAACACUAGUUGUAUUGACUAGAUCUUAAACUGCUGCAGUUGGUCUAAAUUAUGAGUUGCUUGAAGUACUGUAUCUGAGAAAAGUAUCUCACCAUCUGUGUAAAGAGGGAGACACAAGGAUGUUACCUAUGUUUUUUUAAUGGAUGGAUGCAUGCAGCCAGAUAGCCCAGCAUGGAUAGGAAAUCCAUCAAAGCUUCAAAUCUUAUGAAAAAAAGGGACAAUGGGCCAAAAUAUGUAUCAAUGAACAAGUAUUUUAGACAAUAGAUGGUAUAGCCAACGCUUUGAUAGUUUAGUUGUAGGGUUUUGUUUUCUGAAUACAAAUAUUCAUGGUGCAAUCUAAAUGCAUAUAAACUGAGAAGUAAAUCCUUCACAGUUCAACGAGUUGUAAAGUAAUAUACAACAUCCCCAACCUAAUGUUCUUUAAAUAUACUGACUCCAAGUCCAAUCAACUUUAGCCAGCAUAGCCAUUGCCCCUGCUAGCUAAGACUAUUGUGCAAGUUGAAGCUCAAUGCUCCUAGCACAUGAAACUACUCAACAUUUGGAAAUAUACUUCAAGGAAGAAACUAACAUUUUAAAACUUGUCUUCUUAAAUACACAAAGACCCCUCAUGACUUCUUCAGUUACUGAUUAAACGAAGAAAAUGAAUUUAUAUGUGCUUUUUGAUUUUAUAAUAUACUUAUACAUAGUAUGGUAUGAGUUAAACAACCUGUAAGAAUAAGGGGCAAACCAAACAUGCUCUAAUCUCAGCUGAACCAUGUCAUGUAUUGAGUGGUAUAUAUUUUGUGUACACAAUUAGUUAAGUUCCCUCAAGUACUUUACUGUAAGUCUAGUUGAACACAUGGCCCACUUACUUUCCUCCAUAGCAGCAUCUGUAUCAACAGUAUGUCAACCACCAAAGUGUUAACUAGAUUAUAGCUGUCUUUUCACACUAUCUAUUGCAAAGCUGGGCAAUACACAACUGACCUAACCCCCACUUUUGAGUUGAUUUAUAACUUUACAAUUAGUCCUCCCUUCAGCCCUAAAUAAUACACAGGAUUAGCCUUGUUGAGCAUGACCUUUAUUGUGGGAAAAGAUCUCCAAGGCCAGCCUUAGCAAAACUGAUGCCCUUCAAUUAGGUUGAACAACUUUCCUUCAUUCAUAACCAGAAUUAUCUUUGCUGUCACUGACUUUAGGCCAUGCUAAUUGGGGAUUAUAGGAAGUCAAAUCCCAAUACAUGGCAAGAACAUUAGACUGGGGCCAUUUUUUUAUACCAUCAAUGUGAAUACAGUGACAAUAAUAGUUGUCCUCCCAUGUAAUUCCUGGUGGUUUCAUGAGAAUAUGCUCUUGAUCAACAAGAUUAAAAUGGGAGCUAGUUAACCUGUUAGACAUAAAUGAAAGCUAUGAAAUAAGUUACAGAACAGACAUCACUUGAAACUUAGAAUUGUAGUCAUCCAAUAUUUAAAGGAAGAUAGGCGGAUGUUUGAGUUACUUACUUUUCUUGAAUGCUUAGCUAUACAAGAAAAAGCUGGUUGUGCUAAAGAUGUUGCUCAGGAAACAUAUAAUGUAACUUGCAUGUGCAAAAUAUGUGUGUCAGUUCUUAAAUAUUUGCUGUUUAAAGGUCACAUUUCUGUUAAUACAACUCAAAUAUGGUCAAAGCUUUUUUUAAACUGACAAGGAAGUAGCACCUGUCAAUGGUUUUGAUUGAUGUAACUUAAAACAGUAACUCUCAUUCAGUUUACAUAGUAGUCAGAUUCAUAGCAAUUGUAAAGUACAUUGAAAUAAAUGUAUUAACAUGCAGAAAAUGUUUGUGUUGAUACUUACACUAGGCUGAGUGAUAUGGAACCCUUUACUCAAGCCACCGCUAAACUGAAGUUUCAGAUUAUAGGCACAGAUUGGGCUUUGUUUUAUAGGUCUCGAACUGAAGGACUGAAACUGGGCACAGACCUGAACUGUAGUUUACCGCCACUCAUUUCUUCUUGUGAAAGAUGUUAGUGUGUGCUGCUUUGGAAACUGCUCCUGGAUGCCUCCAUGAGUCUCCCGGGGCCUCCAAAGUAAAGCAGCCAUGCAUGUGGAGAGCGCCAGAGCACUUCUAAAGCAGCUGGAUGAGCCUAGGGAAAGGCCUGGCUGCUUUAAGGAUUCCAAGAGGGGUGAUUCAAAUGCACACCUGUGCUUUGUGAAGCACCUCUUUAAAAGAAAUGGAACAUCCCCAGUACAUACCUUCCCCAUAAUCAAAAACCCCAUCUAGGUCUCUUCUGAGUUUUAACAUUGGUGGUCUUCCUGUCUCUCUCUCUUGCCAUCAAAAAAUAAAACUAGUUGUACAACUCACACAAUUUAACACUGACCGUCAUAGAUUUCUUGGGAAUCCCCCCCCCCCAAAUUAUUCAAUCCAGCACCUGCCACCACACUCACAGCCUCAGCAUUGUCUACUCAGUUUAAAGAGGCAUAAGUCACCAAUGAGAUCCAGAGUGUUUAUUUUUUUGUACAUCAUAUACAUUUUAUAAUAAAGUUAAUAUCAAUUGCA